AUGGAGGAGCUGUGUAGCAUUAAGUUUACCUUUUCUGACCUGCCAGUUCUUUGUCCUCCUGUGUCCAGAGAACUGCCUGGAGAGGGCGACAGGGUAGUUCUGCAGCGGCGACAUCUUGAACCUUGUAGACAGGGCUUACUAAACAGCUCAGAGAAGAGGGUACCCUUGAAAGUGGAACAAGCAAACAAUGCUCGUGAUGCCUUGGCUAAAACGGUGUAUAGUCAUCUGUUUGACCAUGUAGUGAACAGGGUAAACCAGUGUUUUCCAUUUGAGACUUCUUCUUUCUUCAUUGGAGUUCUGGACAUAGCUGGUUUUGAAUACUUCGAACACAACAGUUUUGAACAAUUCUGUAUUAACUACUGUAAUGAAAAACUGCAGCAGUUUUUUAAUGAAAGGAUUCUGAAAGAGGAACAAGAACUUUACCAAAAAGAAGGCCUGGGGGUUAAUGAAGUGCGCUAUGUAGAUAAUCAGGACUGUAUAGAUUUGAUUGAAGCAAAAUUAAUAGGUGUACUGGAUAUUUUGGAUGAAGAAAACCGUCUUCCCCAACCAAGCGACCAGCAUUUUACUUCGGUUGUGCACCAAAAACACAAGGACCAUUUCAGGCUCUCUAUUCCUAGAAAAUCUAAAUUGGCUGUUCACAGGAAUAUCAGAGAUGAUGAAGGCUUUAUUAUCCGACAUUUUGCAGGAGCAGUAUGCUAUGAGACGAUGCAAUUUGUGGAAAAAAACAAUGAUGCUUUGCACAUGUCCCUUGAAUCUCUUAUAUGUGAAUCCAAGGACAAGUUUGUUCGACAGCUGUUUGAAUCUAGCACUAACAACAACAAGGAUUCCAAACAAAAAGCUGGGAAACUUAGUUUCAUCAGUGUGGGAAACAAAUUCAAGACUCAGUUAAAUUUGCUUCUUGAGAAGCUUCACAGUACUGGGUCUAGCUUUAUUCGCUGUAUCAAGCCUAACUUAAAGAUGACAAAUCACCAAUUUGAAGGAGGACAGAUCCUCUCUCAGCUUCAGUGUUCAGGAAUGGUGUCAGUUCUGGAUUUGAUGCAAGGUGGUUUCCCUUCGCGAGCUUCAUUUCAUGAACUAUAUAAUAUGUACAAGAAAUACUUGCCUGAAAAAUUGGCUCGACUGGAUCCCAGGCUCUUUUGCAAGGCACUUUUUAAAGCCUUGGGACUGAAUGAAAAUGAUUACAAAUUUGGGCUAACCAAGGUGUUUUUUAGACCUGGCAAG